AUGAAUGAUCCGGCUUGGGUCCAAUGGAUUGACGAAUUAGAGCCAAUUUUCAAGAAAAAAUGGAUGAACAAUGGCAUUUAUGAGUUGAUAAUGCUUUCAAAAACCACCAUUAUUCCCAAACCCGAACUGCUUGUUUCCUCUAUUCUUUUCUGGAACUCGGGCACCAACACUUUUGACUUUCGCUUGGGUCCCAUGUCUCCGACUAUUCUAGAUAUGGCUCAAGUCUUCGGGCUAAGGCCAUCGGGCAGGAUAGUAGACGUUACUCAAGACUGGGCUCUCCGCUCGAUUGCUGAAAGCUCAGGUUCAUCCGCAUCCUUCCUCUCCCUGGAAUAUAACUCUACAAAUUUCAAGAGUUAUGAGACCUCUUUCAAGGGAUUCAUCCCUUUUGGAAAAGAAAACUUUGGGGCAGAUUCUUCCCGUGCUGAUAGAGAUCAAGAGCACAUGUACUUCCUUCUGUACUGGCUCAACAAACACAUAUUCCCCAACAAAUCUAAAGGGAUGAAGGUUGAAUGGAUACCCUUGGUGGAAGCUCUUCAUAACUUCGACGAUGUGGCAACAUGUCAAUUCCUUCUCUCUCAUCUUUACCAUCUUCUUUUCGAAAUGAAUCAAGGUGAGCCAUUUGAGACUAACCUGAAUGGACCCAUAUGGAUGAUACAAACAUGGCUCCAAUGGUACUUUCCAGAGUUUCGGGCUGCCAACUUAGAGUUCCCAGAAGGUGUAGCCCCUGCUCGAAUCCUAGCCGAAGCUGCUCUUACUGAUCACUCCACCUUCACCUGUUUUUAUUUCUUCAAGGUCUGUAGGACUCGAUCAGACCUGGAAUGGGGUGCAUCAGUAUUGAGAAGAUAUCCUUGGUUCUCUGACCAAGCCUUUCAAGAUGCUCCUGGGGAAGAUGCCACUUCUUCUUAUAGGGAAAAAUUUAUUAGUUGCAUUCAAUUAAGAAAUAUGGCCUGGGGAGUUCGGGGCAAUCAGUAUGAUCGAGGGCUGGAGGUGUAUCAUCCCAAUUUUUGCAGCAGGCAAUUAGGCUUUAGGCAAGCCAUCCCUAUCCCAUUCUUUGACUCCGUUCAUUGUGGCACUUCCUUCCAUUUAGCAUCUCCCUCUGAGGCGACCUUUAGAGCUACCCGACGCAGUCUUGAAGUCAUGAGUCAGGCUGCCCGAAAGUCCAUCAUCCUCAAUUUUGAAUGUACUUCACUCUUCUCUUCUUGGUGGGAAGGCAAAUGGACCAAGAAAUAUGGAGGAGACUUGAGAGAAACUCAUGAUCGCUUGUUUAGUCAACUUUCUCUUAAAUCAUACCCUAGUUCGGGCGAACUUGAAAAUUGGAAGGAGAUGAUUCAAGAGAAGAAUCGAGUUCUUCUGAUAGCCCAAAUGGAUGUGGAAUCAGUUCCUACUGAGUCCGAGGAUGACUCGGCUGAUGCAGCAGUUCUUCAUGGAGUUGCGGCAGAGGCUGAGAGGCAAGAAGCUGGAGAAGGUGGGGAAGUUUCAGAAGAUUCAGGAGCUAAAAAAGAAGCGCCUGAAGCUACAAUCCAAGUGUUCAAGCGAAGGAAAUCAGUUGUGAUUGAGAACUCAGAUUCUGAUCCUGCAUCCCCCCAAGACUAA